AUGAGUGAUUUUGAUGAGGACACAGCAUUUUUAGGAGAAUGGGGGCCUUAUCAAAAACUGAUAUUCAUUCUCCUGAGCCUCAGCGUUAUUCCCAAUGGAUAUGUGGGAUUGGCGAUGGUUUUCAUGGCAGAUAUUCCUCCUCACCACUGCAGGCUUCCAUCCCUGAACAGCAGCUAUGGAGGACCCGGCUACAAUCUGUCUGUCCCGACCGAGGAGGUGAAAGGACAGGUCAUACUGAGUCGCUGCAGACGCUACACUGAACAGGGGGCUUUGAAUGCCUGGUCUAACCAAAGCACAGAGUACUGUCUGGAUGGCUGGGUGUUCAGCAAGGAGAGAUAUGUGUCCACCAUUGUGUCUGAGUGGGAUCUGGUGUGUGAUGAUGAAUGGAAAACUCCUUUUACAGUUACCGUCUUCUUCUUUGGGGUGUUGGCAGGGUCGUUACUGUCAGGAAUUAUAUCAGACAGGUAUGGGAGGAAAUUCAUCUUCUUUGCCACAAUGGCAGUGCAAACUGUCUUUAGCUUAAUCCAGGCAGCUUCCAACAGCUGGGAGAUGUUCUGUGUGUUGUACUUCAUUGUUGGCCUGGGACAAGUAGCAAACUAUUGUGCAGCUUUCAUUCUUGGAUGUGAGCUAAUGAAUAAGUCAUGCCGUGUCGCCUUCGCUACUCUGGGUGUCAGCCUAUCGUACGCCUUUGGUUAUCUGUGCCUCCCUGUCGUUGCCUACUUCAUUCGGGACUGGAGACUGCUUACGGUGGCCUUGUCUGCUCCAGGAUUCCUGUACAUACCCUUAUGGUGGUUUGUCCCAGAGUCUCCCCGUUGGCUACUGUCUCAGGGUCGAGUAGAGGAGGCUGAGGCCAUCAUCAGAGUUGCUGCCAAGAAGAACGGCAUCACUCCUCCUGACGUCAUCUUCAAGAGAGAGGACACCGCACAGCUGAUGGAAAGGCAUGAUGGAGAUGAUCAGAAAAAUUAUACAUGGUUGGAUCUCAUAAGAACAACAAAUAUAAGAAAUAUCACAAUCCUGAAUGUAAUCAUUUGGUCAAUAGUAUCUCUGACUUACUUCGGACUGUCGUUAAACACCCCUAAUAUGGAUGGAGAUCCUUACCUGAACUGUUUCAUUGCUGCUGGCACAGAGUUUGCUGGGUACACUCUGAUGUAUUUCGCUGGGCGUUAUGUUUCACGACGCUUGACUCUGUCAUCCAGCACAUCAUUCUGUGGGGUCAUGCUGCUCCUCAUAAAGAUUGUUCCAGCAGAACUAGGCACUUUGAGUGUCACCUUGGCCAUGUUAGGAAAAAUCUCCAUUUCGGGGGCCUUUGCUUUUGUCUAUCUCUAUGGUACUGAGCUGCUGCCCACCGUGGUGCGGAACAUGGGCCUGGGAGUGACCACUAUGGCCUCUCGAGUGGGCAGCACUUUAUCUGCACAGGUAGCCUACAUGGGGACAUAUGAUAAGGUGUUACCCUAUAUUAUUAUGGGAUGCAUUUCCAUAAUCUGUGGGAUUUUAAGUCUGCUAUUACCAGAAACAAAAGAUGAGCCACUUCCGGAACACAUCAGCCAAGUUAAACCUCUCCAGUGGUUUUGUAAGGUGAAGAAUUCAGAGGAGAGGAACAGAAAGGAAGAAAAUGGCUGUUCAAGCAGCGAAGUGGAGUUGUAACUUGACAAGUCAGCUAACUUAAAGCAACAUUAAGGAGUUGUUCAUACCUUAACAUAAUGUUUCCAAAAUCAUUUCAGCGGUUCAUCAACUCGUAACAGGGUGAACGGCACUUCUGCAUUCACUUCGCGGCCCUCUCGGCUAUAUUCGCACAAUGUAACUUUACCAGAUCGGGUA